ACCCGCGCACCGUGCGCACCCUCCCCCACGUGUCCCCUCUGCCGCCCGGGGGCCCCGCCUGUCACCCACCGUCCCCGGGGUGGGCAGCCGAAAGCGACGCGUGAAGCGCUCUGCCCUGCCUGCUGCCCUCAGCGUUCGCCUCUCGUCACGCGCCCCCUCCACAACCCCCGAUGCGAUGGGUGCCCCUGCCCCCUCGAUAGCCGCGCCGCUCUCCUGCCCCCGUUCCCCAUUUGCCUCCUCGCCCACCUCCCUGCCCUAGCGCCGCCCUCCCCUAUUCGACCCAACGCCGCCGCCGCCGCAUAGGUCUCGCCGACGCCUCUGCUCCGCCUCGCGGCCUCCGGAGGUGCUACUCGCGCGCGAUCCGCCGCUGCGUCCGUUGCUCCGGCAUCGAUUCGGCGGCGCGGGGAGUAUGUCUCUGGUGCAAGUGUGCUGAAGAUGAAGGAGAGGAGCUCUUUAUGUGAAAGCGCAGCCGAUGGAAACUGGGGUUUGAAAUAUAAAAGAAAAAGAAGCAAAUUAACAAGCCCAUCUAACGAGAAUGAGGCCACCUCACCAACAUCAGACUCUCCAAUGAGUCAUGCUUCCACCAAAAAGAAGUUGAAGCAUGACACUAACAUUUCUCCAUCAGCCAAGAAGAUAAGAGGGCACGAUGGGUAUUUUUUCGAGUGCGUAGAAUGUGAUCUUGGGGGCAAUUUGCUAUGUUGUGAUAGCUGUCCUCGUGUUUACCACUUGGAAUGUCUCAAUCCUCCUCUCAAGCGUGCACCCCCUGGGAACUGGCAAUGUCCAAGAUGCCGUCCAAAAAAAGGUAGCUUGAAGCUGUUGGGUAAUGUAGAGGCUGACACUUCUAAACAUGAAAGAAGUACAAGGAUGUAUGCCGGUACGACAUCAGAUAGUCCACCUUCGCAUACAAAAGUCUCCUUUAAGACCAGGAACUCCACACAAGACAAAACUGGAUCAAACGAACAAGGAAAACACUCAUCUGGUGGCACAAUGAAGGGGGGUGACUCCGGUAUGAAGAAUAAUGAAGUUGAGAAAAAGAAGACACUGAUAUUACAUUUGAAGAAGCGCUCAACCAAGGAAUUAUCAGAGAAUGCUAAAUCCUCAAAGACAGAAUUUGUUGGAGAACCUUCAGAAGAGAAAACUGUUAAACAUGGAAGUGUUUUGAAACUGAAGAAACAUCCACACCGUAUGGACUUGUCUCCAAAUAAAUCUAAAAGCAGGAGGCAAAAUAGUCAGAGAGAGAGUAAAAGAUCUGGCACAAAAAAGCUUAAAUAUUCAACGUCCGAUGAUGACAGUGUUUCCUCAUCAGAACCAUCGACAUCUCUUGAUAACAGUGAGUCACCACCAAAAAGAAAACCCUCGGAUGGAAAAGCACCUUCAUCCAGUACCAAGAAAGGGAAAAAGAAAGUGAAAUUUGUUGAGAAAAAGCACUCUGAGGGUGACGCUCAUGUACCUGCAAACAUGUUGCAGGAGCAGGGUGUGGCAGGAGACAAAAUAACGACUCCCCAGGAGGAUCAGCAGGUCGAUCGCAUCCUAGGCUGUCGGCUUCAGACGAGCCAAAUCAACCCAACGUCCCAUGCUUCAUUGGAGCAGUUUGAAUCAGCUAAUCUCAAGGUGGAUGGUAUGGAGUCUUCUAGAAAUGGUACAGUGGAGGAUGUAUGUGCUGAUGGAUCAGCCAAUCAUAGUGGUCACAGUUUGGAAAUGCAAAAGGAUAGGAACAGUAAAUCCCAUGAAAAGGAGACAAUUAAGCAAGAACAAGCAAAGAAGAUAUUAUCAGUAUGUUCUGGUGAUGAGACCAGUAUAAUGAAAGAUGAUCAAGUAGACAGAGAGAAUGUUUCACCUUCCAAAAAAGGUGAAGAUGAGACAAGAACUGAUUUGCCAGCAGAAAAGGAUGAUACCAAACUUGCAGUCACUAGAGCUGAUACAAUGGUCAGGACCAAUCAAGAGCAUACCGAUGAAAGUAAGCAGCAUGGAAAAAUAGAAGAAAUAACAGAUAAGGACUACAACGAUGCUGGAUAUGAGUUCUUGAUCAAAUGGGUUGGAAAAUCAAAUAUCCACAACAGCUGGGUUGCUGAAUCCGAGGUAAAAAUAUUAGCAAAAAGGAAACUAGAAAACUAUAAAGCGAAGUAUGGAACGAGUUUGAUAAACAUUUGUAAGGAACAGUGGUGCCAGCCACAACGAGUUAUUGCUCUUCGUGCUUCUGUAGAUGAAGUGGAAGAGGCUUUAAUCAAAUGGUGUGGUCUUCCUUAUGAUGAAUGCACCUGGGAAAGAAUAGAUGAACCUACCCUGAUGAAAUAUAGCCAUUUGGUCACUCAGUUCAAGAAUUUUGAAUGCCAGGCUUUGGAUAAAGAUAUGGUAAAAGAUUAUGCAAACACAAGGAACCGACAGGAGCUUAAUGUGUUAGUUGAUCAGCCAAAAGAACUUCAGGGCGGCAUGCUCUUCCCUCAUCAACUGGAAGCCUUGAACUGGCUACGUAAAUGCUGGUACAAGUCAAAAAAUGUUAUCCUUGCUGAUGAGAUGGGUCUUGGAAAGACAGUGUCAGCUUGUGCUUUUCUAUCAUCCCUAUGUUGUGAAUUUAAGAUUAGUUUGCCAUGUCUUGUCUUGGUUCCUCUUUCUACAAUGCCCAACUGGAUGGCUGAAUUUGCAUCUUGGGCUCCUCAUUUAAAUGUUGUGGAGUAUCAUGGUUCUGCAAGGUCAAGAUCUAUCAUUCGCCAGUAUGAGUGGCAUGCGGGCGAUGCAAGCCAGAUUGGCAAAACAAAGAGAUCAUACAAGUUUAAUGUUUUGCUUACAACUUACGAAAUGGUGCUUGUUGAUGCUGCAUAUCUUCGUUCCGUCUCAUGGGAAGUUCUUAUAGUUGACGAGGGACAUCGUCUGAAGAAUUCUAGCAGCAAACUCUUCAGUUUACUUAAUUCAUUAUCAUUUCAGCACAGAGUUUUGUUGACUGGAACUCCCUUACAGAACAACAUUGGUGAAAUGUAUAACUUACUGAACUUCUUACAGCCUACUUCUUUCCCUUCUCUAUCAUCAUUUGAGGAGAAGUUUAAUGACCUUACAACAGCAGAAAAAGUAGAGGAGCUGAAGAAACUUGUAGCUCCUCAUAUGCUUAGGAGGUUGAAAAAAGAUGCCAUGCAAAACAUCCCCCCAAAGACAGAGCGAAUGGUACCUGUUGAAUUGACAUCAAUCCAGGCUGAAUACUACCGUGCUAUGCUUACAAAGAACUAUCAAGUACUGCGCAACAUUGGAAAAGGUGGUGCUCACCAGUCUUUAUUGAACAUAGUAAUGCAGCUUCGGAAAGUCUGCAACCAUCCGUAUCUUAUUCCUGGAACUGAACCUGAAUCUGGUUCACCUGAGUUUCUGCAUGAUAUGCGCAUAAAGGCCUCAGCAAAGCUAGCUUUGUUGCACUCUAUGCUAAAAAUAUUACACAAGGAAGGCCAUCGUGUCCUUAUUUUCUCGCAGAUGACAAAACUUCUUGACAUCCUUGAAGAUUAUCUGACUUUAGAAUUCGGUCCUAAAACAUUUGAAAGGGUUGAUGGCUCGGUAUCUGUGGCGGAGCGCCAGGCAGCGAUUGCUCGCUUUAACCAGGAUAAGACACGUUUUGUUUUCUUGCUGUCUACACGAUCAUGUGGACUUGGUAUUAAUUUGGCAACUGCAGAUACUGUUAUCAUAUAUGAUUCGGAUUUCAACCCACAUGCUGAUAUACAGGCGAUGAACAGGGCACACAGAAUUGGGCAAUCGAACAGACUUCUGGUUUAUAGGCUUGUAGUACGUGCUAGUGUUGAAGAGCGUAUCUUGCAAUUAGCCAAGAAGAAAUUGAUGCUUGAUCAACUUUUCGUUAACAAAUCAGAAUCACAGAAAGAAGUGGAAGAUAUCAUUCGCUGGGGUACAGAGGAACUCUUUGGGAGUAGUGACAGUGUGGAUGAUAAAGAUAGCAAUGAAGCCUCAGGUCCUGUUGCUGAUGUUGAAUUUAAGCAUAGAAGAAAAACCGGUGGCCUAGGUGAUGUUUAUGAGGACAAAUGUAUUGGUGGUUCUACCAAACUUGUUUGGGAUGAAAAUGCUAUUUUGAAGCUGCUUGAUAGAUCAAACCUUCCAUCAUCACUGGCCGAAGGUACUGAUGGGGACUUGGACAAUGAUAUGCUUGGUACUGUGAAGUCAAUAGAUUGGAACGAUGAGCUGAAUGACGACCCUGGUGCCAAUGAGGAUAUUGCACCUAUUGAUAAUGAUGGGAGCGAGCAAGCAUCUGAAUCAAAGCAAGGUGCUACUAAUCGUUCAGAAGAAAAUGAAUGGGAUAAACUUUUACGUGUCAGAUGGGAGCAAUAUCAAAUAGAGGAGGAGGCAUCUCUUGGCCGAGGCAAACGUUUAAGGAAGGCUGUUUCUUACAGAGAGACAUUCGCAACACUUCCUAAUGAAGCUUUAAGUGAGGACUCUGAUGAGGGAGAUGAACCAAAGAGAGAAUAUACAGCAGCUGGACUGGCCUUGAAGGAAAAAUAUGGAAAGCUUCGAGCUAGACAAAAGGAAAGGAUUGCCCAGCGGCACAUUAUCAAAAACUAUGCUGAUGAUAAUCUUGAAGAGUUCAUGACUGCAUACGACUCUAUUGCUAAUGGACCUGCUGAAAAUCCCUUGAUAAUCGUAGAAGAUCCAAAUUCUUCACAGCUAUCUGGUGCGAAACGUUUUAGUGAAUCAACUGGAGAAAUGAGGCAAUCCUCCAAGAAAUCAAAGAGAUAUUCUGAUAUCCCUCAAGAUAUUUAUGCCAGAAUUCCUGGUAAUGCUGCUUCAUCCAAGCACCACUCAAAGGCCACCGAUGUCUUCAAUCCAGGGACCCCAGAUCACCUGCUACCUGUACUUGGCCUUUGUGCUCCAAAUGCUGAUCAGGUGAACUCAUACAAAAACUCACUUUGUGCACCAAGCAUAAAGGAGCAUAAAAGGGCUAGUGGUGACAUAGUCAACAAACAACUGUCAACUUCUGCUGACCAUUCUAAUGAGCAUAGAAAUGAAGCUCAACCAGCUUCUGAUAAGGCCAUCUUUCCUGGUGCAUCUGAGGAGGCUUUGCGAAGGAUAAGUAACAUGAUUCCAGAAAGUUAUUUUCCCUUCAGUCAUAUUCCUCCUGUAUCAGGGAAGGGGGUUGAUCCUGUUGAAAAUCCUGGACCCUCCAUUGCGUCAUUUCAAGGGAAAUUGGGUCUUCCAAACUUCAGUCUGGAAGACAACACUCCACUUAAGCAUAUUAAACCUGUACCUGAUAUAUUUCCUAACCUGUCACUGGGUGCUCAUAAGGAUUAUAUUCGUAGUUCUGUCCCAGAGUUGCCAGAGAGUUCAUUGUUACCAAACUUCAUGGCAGAUAUUGCUGGUACUUCGAAGCAAAAGUCAUUUAUGUCUGGUCUACUUCCUGGGCUGGGUCUUAGUCCAGGGCAACCAAUCCAUUCGGCUAUGCCUGAUAAUCACAAGAAAGUCUUGGACAACAUAAUGAUGCGUGCUCAGUAUGCCUCAAACAAAUUCUUGAAGAAGAGAUCAAAACUAGAUUAUUGGUCAGAGGAUGAACUUGAUGCUCUGUGGAUAGGAGUUCGUAGGCAUGGAAGAGGAAAUUGGGAUGCUAUGCUUAGAGAUCCAAAGUUGAAGUUUUUGAACAACCGAACUAGUGAAGAGCUGGCCUCAAGAUGGAUUUUGGAGGAGCAAAAGAUUAUUGAUGAACCUAUGUCUACAGCCACCAGACGUUCUAACUCAACAGCUUUCCCGGGAAUAUCUGAUGCAAUGAUGUCUCGGGCGCUGAAUGAAAGUAAUUUCUCUAAAAUGAGGAUGGAGCAGCCUAAAUUGCAGUCCCACUUAACUGAUAUUCAGUUAGGUUCUAGUGAUAUCCUAUCCAGAUUUCCACAUAUUGAGGCUGCUAAUUACAUUAACUCAGGGGAGGGUGGCACACCUCAGAUACCAUGGCAGGAUUUCAAGCAUAGAUCAAGUUAUGGUGGAGAUUUUCAUGGCGGUGCAUUUGACAAGUUGGAGAAACCUGAUGUUGGACCGAUCCCGCCAUUUAUGCCAAAUCCUUUCAUGACUGAUAGCAUUGGUUCACUUCCCAUAAACAGAAAAAACAAUAGUUCCAUUCCACAUAGUGAAAUCAGAUCAAGUUCUCGUGAGAACAUUCAUCUUUCUGGUGUUUCGGAUGGACAGAUCAACUUGCUUCAUGAGAUGCAGCGUCGUGUGAGGUCAGGCAAACAACCCAUGGAGAUGAAUCUCAACCACAUAGACCACUCAAAUUCUCAGCUUGAUAAUACUAGUGACCUCGGAGGUUUAAAAUCAAACAAGUUACCUCAUUGGCUUCAGGAGGCUGUACGUGCUCCUUCAUCUAAGCCACCUGAACGAGAGCUACCAGCAACUGUUUCAGCAAUUGCUCAGUCCGUAUGCCUUCUUCUUGGAGAACAAGAACCAUCAAUACCUCCAUUCUUGAUCCCGGAAGCCCCUCUUUCUCGCCCAAAAGAUCCAAGGAUUAAUUCAAAGAAAAGGAAACUCCGCAAAGCUCAGCAAUCUACCUCUCAUGUAGAGCAUUCCAAAAUUGGUUCUGGUGAAGGUGAUUGCAUCACUACCCCUGCACCCCCAUCCCUUGAAGCUAUAGCCACGCCUUCUGUCCAUUGCAAUGAUGGUGCACCUUCACUCAACUUGAACUCUGCAUCGUUGUCAUCUUUAGCUGGCAGCAAGGGGCAAGAUGAGUUACCUCCCACAUUUGAAGAAUCAAACCAAACCGUGGAUUGUUCAGAAGCUCUUGCAGCCAAGUUGGAGGCUCCUGAAAUUGCUUGUCAGAUAACUAGUUCCUCUCCAGUAGAUGACAAAGCUAGCGAAUCUUCUGGAUCACCAGUGAAGGAUACUCCUGACGCUGGAGUCAGAUUGCAAGGAUCAGAUAACUCGGCUAUGGCAUUUUCUGCGCUCCCACUUGUUGAUGAAGCACCUGGAACAAGCAGCAGAGCAGCUGGCAUGCCUGUGGCAUGUGAUUGCAAUGACUUGAAAGAGGAUGUUCCACUAGACAACGCUGAAAGCACCGGGAACCUGGAGGAGCCGACGGAUGAACUCACUCUUGUGGACACGGAUGCUGUCGUCGCAUCAACUUUUUUAUCUGCUAAAACAGCCAACGAAGAUAGAGUGGAUGAAAUGACCUCAGAUGAGCAUUAGACUCGAGCCAGUUUGCUCGACAUUCCUUUCUCUUCCGUUCAGCAAAACACUGGGAUUUUCCCUCUCCCAAUGUUUCCAGUGUUAAUGAUAUUAUGUUGUGUAAUGCUUUAGAUCUUAUGUUGUGUAAUGCUUUAGUGCAGAGUGCAGAUAGGAUAAAAUCCAAGGACUAGUGGUACUUCUUAGCAGCAGUAGUUGGACACUAGUCCGUCGGGAGCAACUCUUGGAAACCUGUAUACAAGAAAUGUAUAUUUUGCUAACAUGGUGUUGGUUGGGUGUGUAGACUGUAGACCGUUAUUCAUUUAUUUAUGCGUAUAUGGUCGAGUAAUUUGCCGUCUGUCUAGCGGUGGCUGUAAGAGUAGACAUGAUGUCAUGAUGAUGAUGAUAUUACCUCGCCAUGAGUGGUAGCCUGAUAGAACAUGGAACUCACUGUCCCCAGCUGUUGUUAAUUUUAA